GUAGUCGUGAACUAAAUAGCUUAUUUUUUAAAAAGGCUUCUGGGAUAUUUUUUCUCCCUGUUCUUGGUUGCCGUAUGCGUUUGUCAGCGUUUGAGUGUACUGCACUAAAUGAAGACUAGACUGUAGCUGCGAUCUAAACCACGCUGCAGGAGAAGCACCACCAUGGAGGACCAUUGUAGCAUCUACUCCUGGUUUGCCCACCCUGUGUAUGGCCAAUACUGGCAACAUUACCAGCAGGCUAUGAACUGGCACCAGAGACACAGGCAGGCCUACAGAAAGGCCUGGGAGGCUGCCUACGGGCCAGGGUACCCCCAACGCUACGCAGACUGGCAUGGGGGAGAGGGUGGAGGGAGGAGAGCAGAGGAGACGGUCGCUGCUAAGGACCAUGUGGAAGAGGAUUUGGAGGGGGGUGCAGAUGACGAGGAGGGGGGCGGGGAAAGUGGCUCGGACAGCGAAAUCGAAUGUGAUGUCAGCAACAUGGAGAUCACAGAGGAGCUGCGCCAGUAUUUUGCCCAGACUGAGCGGCACAAGGAGGAGCUCAAGAAGCAGCAGCAGCUGGAGGCGGAGCAGCAGGAUACUUACGUGUUGGCCGACCAGGACAUGCACAGAAUUUCUUGGCACGGCAGGUCGCUGCCCCCCUCUGAGCGGCCGGGCGAGCGCCGAGGCGCUGAGAUGAAGAAGCUGUACGGGGAAGACGCGGCAAAGGUCCAGGGUAUGGAGGCGGCCAUGCAGCUCACCUUCGACAGAAACUGUGACAAGAAACAGCCCAAAUACUGGCCCGUCAUCCCUCUAAAACUGUAGCUCCACUACGGACAUCCAUCUUCUUCCAAUGGAGCCCACCAACACAGUUCCAGACGAGACACCCCCCUGAAACAUAGAGCUGAGAAACUGGGUCAUGUUCAGUAGGGAGGAAACUGAUCGAAACAGAGAGGUACUCCCUGCAACCUGAUCACAGUGCCUAAACAUUCCCCUCUCACCAUAAAAUCUUAUGUCAACCAACAUUUUGGGAGGGGGGGGAUUUUUUUUCUGUCAUUCUUAGCCAGUUAUUUCUAUUCUUCUGGUUCCACAAUUAAAUGACGACAAAUUUAUAAGAUGCAGGCACAGGAAGAGGACGAGUAUACACAAUUUGCAUAAAUGUUUAAGCUAUUUUCUGUAUAUUUUUGUUUAUUUGGGGGGGAUUUCUUUCCUAUUUCAUUCAACCAUAAAUGAAGAAAGAGAUGGUUCUGAUUUCAUCAUCUCCAGAUACUGCAUAUUAGCCUCCGCCUCAGUGUUUGUCUGCUUCUUUCUCAACAUUCAGAUGGGUUGUAUCUGUCUCAGCGGCUCAGGUAGAACAAUGUGUUGGUUUCUUCUCACAUGUCUGUUUUAUAUCAAAAUCGUUUGUAUUUUUUUUUAUAGAUAAGAUUGUUGAUAUAGUUUCUAAUAAAGAAUGUUUGUGAUGAAUUGAAACUCUAAAUACGUUAUCAGAUUUGAAAUGUCAAAUUCUGUUUCAGUGAGGCUAAUGGUCAUUUAUGUCCCUGUAAAUAGAAUUUUGGUACUUUGA